AACUCGCACUCGCUAGAAGUGACGAUCGAGGACCACCUAGUGCCGAGAAUAUUCAAUAGCACGUGAUGUUGUCGGACGGGAAGUGGAACGUAUGUGAACAGCAGAGGCCUCUAUCUCAAAAAGUACUAGUACUACCUUGAUUUAUUGUCCAGAGAAAAAAAAAUGGCCGCCGCCAAAGCGAAUGCGAACAUGGCCCGACUACACAAGCACAGCGCGACUCUUCUCGGGGACCGCCUGUACGCAGCGGUGCGGAUAUGAAAUGUAAAAAUGUCUGGGUCUGGAAGAAUGCAACAUUUGUGAUGCAGGUUUUCCAUGACCCAUGAGGCCGCGCAUGCAGGACCUAGCAUGACAGAUUCUGCGCGAUCUCUCUCAUGCCUUUCCUGCAUGAGAAACUCCCUCCCGACUUGGUCAAAACUGGACGACUUUUGGUAAUCAUGCAACACAGAUUUUUGCAUGCUUCAGAUUUAGCAUGACAAGUUGCAUUCUUCCAGACCCAGACAUUUUUACUAUUGAUAGCGGAGUGGCGACGGCAAAUCCACGACAUGCUCCUCCUCCUUACCUAUGAACUGCAAAAGUGUCCUGCUGCUCGUAUAAAUGCAUGACAAAUCCCCUCAGCAUGAGAAAUAAAAUUUGUAAUGCGGAUUUACAUUGGGAAAAAAAUUUGUAAUGCACGACUGCAAUACGAGUACUGUCACUGUGCGAUACUUUUGCACAGGAUAUUACCCCGCCGAUUUUUCAAGAAGCUGAAAAGCGGGACGAAACAGCUUUUCCUAAAUUCUCGGUCACCGGCUGCGGCAGCGCGAGUAGGCGCGAUAUCUCCUCCCGACAGCGACGAUCGGUUGCCACCGACACUGUACCGGGUGAAGAAUAUUGCAUUUUCCGAGAAGCCGGGGAAAACCAGCAGGGAGGCGAGUGCGGCCGUGGGUAAAAAUAGAGAGCAGGGUCCAGGAGCAAAUUCCUAUACCACCGAUAGCACACCCACAGGUGAUCCUUCCCCGCUAUCGACUGUAAAAAUGUCUGGGUCUGGAAGGGCCAAACUUGUGCUGCUGUAUUUGGAUGCUAAAAAAACCUGUAUUGCAUGACCAGCAAGAGGAUUCAAAUUUGGCUACGCGGAGACGGCAUUUGUCUUUGUCAUGCUGGAUGCGCAUAGAUAAGCGCUCAAAAAAUCUGUGAUGCUAUGGCAUACAUCACAGACAUCAUGACUCAUGAAAAAUGUGCAUGAUAAAGUUGUGCUGUUCCAGACCCAGACAUUUUUGCAUUUGAUACCCGCCCGACGGAGCCAACAUUUGUUCGGCACCGGUACUAUUUUCCAUCCCUGUCUACGGGCGGAACAAAAACACGCUGCUUCCGAGCACGCCCGUCGCGGUAGGAAAUUGCAAAUCUCUCUGAGUCUGGAAGAAUGCAGAAGUUAGUCAUACUGCUUUUGCAUGACCGAGGACGGCUUGUAUGCAGGAGCAGGCGGCAAAAUUUUUUUGUUUUCUCGACAGGGCAUCUCAUUAGCAUUCCUGCAUGAGAAAUUCCCGUAUUUGGGUGACAAAAGGUCGUCGUCGUGGAUGAGAGAUUUUUGUCUGUGCAACUGCUUUAGCUGGCCAGGCAUGACAGAUUUUUGUGAUGUCUCUUAAAAUGCGCGUCUUCACAAGUUUGAGUAUUCGCGCUUCAGACCUCCCAGAUGACAGAUUUGCAAUGCAUCGGCGUUCCUGAAACCCAACCAGGUGGUGCAGGUGUUGCCGCACGCGCUAAGGAUCUGUGAUGAGGAGCUAACGGAGGACAAUUUGAGGAACUACAACUCGGGCAUCGCCGGUUUGGAAAAUGCAAAGUGGAAGCAGUUUUGGCUGGACACGCACCGAGGAGCAGGAGCCGCAGCCGCUUCCUCCUCUCCGUCCAGCUCGUCCUCUGUGGCGCCUGUAAAUGUAAUGAAGGACCACGGGGGCCAGCAAAUGAGUUGUGAACAAGGAGGGAAAAAAAACCUCCCUGUGCAGACAGGCCACGAACCCGAAGUGGUAGAAGCAAGGACGAGCGAAACAUCGUCAAGACGGGAAGGUGCAGAAACGCUUUCUCACCCCGCCCUCACUCCACCGUCUCCGUGGAUCCCGGUUCGCAUCGCGCCGGACGCCAUGGAGGUGCUUACCAUGCCGAACACGGUCGGCGGCAUGACACUAUCACGAGGAAAAACUCCCCCUCCCCAUAAUCUUCAAACGGAAAGUUUUCAGUACUGCUCUGUGGCGAGAGAUCAGCUUUGUCCACGCAAGAAGGCAAGCAAAGAUAAAGAUAAAGUAAUUUGCUCGCUUGCUUUUCUUGAGCGUACAGGGCAGGCGCAGCCUUACGGCGACGGACAAGCGCGGCGCGGACGCGCCGCCGCUUCGCAGUGAUCGAGAGGCGGCGAGGCCGGUGCGCUUCGAUGGUCGUGCGUGCAUUCCUGCAAUCUUCGUCGCGGGGCAAAAUUUUACCCGUGCAGGCCGGCAUUUUGCUGGCGGUUUUUUUGCCCGCGCUUUUUUGCCGUCGUGAUGUUUUUAGCGAGGCUAAUCUGGCGACCCUGCUUUCGCUGUGCCUUAGUAGCAAACCUACUUGAGGAGCCUACUCGCAGGGCCGUGGGAGCGAACCCACCCGAGCGCUCCACUUGCAGCGCCUUCAGAGCGAACCCGGCCGAGCAAGCCAAAAACGCAACAACAACGCAACAACAACUCCACAACAACUCCACAACAACUCCACAACAACUCGACAGCAACUCGACAGCAACUCGACAACAACGCAACAACAACUCGACAACAACGCAACAACUACGCAACAACUACGCAACAACAACGCAACAACAACGCAACAACAACGCAACAACAACGCAACAACAACGCAACAACAACGCAACAACAACCCAACAACAACCCAACAACAUACAACUCAGCCCGUAGCCAAAAAAAAAGCCUGGCAAGGGCGGGAAAGCGUGCGCGCUCUCCUUUUUUUAUCCACCCAAAAAAGUAAAAGGAGAGAUAUUCCGGGCGGUCCAACAAAAGCAGAGAUAUUCGGGGCGGUCCGGCAGAAGUGGAGACAUUCGGAGCGGUCAAGCAGAAGGAGAGAUAUUCGGGGUGGUCAGGCGAAAGCGGAGAUAUUCGGAGCGGUCAGGCAAAAGUAGAGAUAUUCGCAGCGGCCGAACCAGUAAAAGUAGAGAUAUUCGGGGCGGUCAAACAAAAGUAGAGAUAUUCGGGGCGGUCAGGCAAAAGUGGAGAUGGGCGGUCGAGCAAGAGUAGAGAGAUUCGGGGCGGUCAGGCGAAAGCGGAGAUACUCGGAGCGGUCAAGCAAGAGGAGAGAUACUCGCAGCGGCCGAACAAGUAAAAGUAGAGAUAUUCCGGGCGGUCAAACAAAAGUAGAGAUAUUCGGGGCGGUCGGGCAAAAGUGGAGAUAUUCGGAGCGGUCAAGCAAAAAUAGAGAUACUCGCAGCGGCCGAACGCGUAAGCGUAGAGAUAUUCCGCGCGGUCGAACAAAAGUAGAGAUAUUCGGGGCGGUCAUGCAAAAGUGGAGAUAUUCGGAGCGGUCAAGCAAGAGUAGAGAUAUUCGGGGCGGUCAGGCGAAAGCGGAGAAAUUCGGAGCGGUCAAGCAAAAGUAGAGAUAUUCGCAGCGGCCGAACCAGUAAGAGUAGAGAUAUACCGGGCGGCCAAAGAAAAGUAGAGAUAUUCGGGGCGGUCGGGCAAAAGUGGAGAUAUUCGGAGCGGUCAGGCAAAUAAAAGCAGAGAUAUUCGGGGCGGUCAGGCGAAAGCGGAGAUAUUCGGAGCGGUCAAGCAAAAUUAGAGAUAUUCGCAGCGGCCGAACAAGUAAGAGGAAAGAUAUGCCGGGCGGUCAAACAAAAAGCAGAGAUAUUCGGGGCGGUCAGGCAAAAGCGGAGAUAUUCGGAGCGGUCAAGCAAGAGUAGAGAUAUUCGGGGCGGUCAGGCGACAGCGGAGAUAUUCGGAGCGGUCAAGCAAAAGUAGAGAUAUUCGCAGCGGCCGAACAAGUAAAAGUAGAGACAUUCCGGGUGGUCAUUCAAACAACAGUAGAGAUAUUCGGGGCGGUCAGGCAACAGUGGAGAUAUUCGGAGCGGUCAAGCAAAAGCAGAGAUACUCGGGGCGGUCAGGCGACAGCGGAGAUAUUCGGAGUGGUCAAGCAAGAGUAGGGAUAUUCGCAGCGGCCGAACAAGUAAAAGUAGAGACAUUCCGGGCGGUCAAACAAAAGAAGAGAUAUUCGGGGCGGUCAGGCAACAGUGGAGAUAUUCGGAGCGGUCGAGCAAAAGUAGAGACAUUCGGGGCGGUCAGGCGAAAGCGGAGAUAUUCGGAGCGGUCUUCGGGGGGGGCGGUCAGGCAAAAGUGGAGAUAUUCGGAGCGGUCAAGCAAGAGUAGAGAUAUUCGGGGCGGUCAGGCGAAAGCGAAGAUACUCGGAGCGGUCAAGUAAAAGUAGAGAUAUUCGCAGCGGCCGAACAAGUAAAAGUAGAGAUAUUCCGGGCGGUCAAACAAAAGAAGAGAUAUUCGGGGCGGCCCGCCAGGCAAAAGGGGAGAUAUUCGGAGCGGUCAAGCAAAAUUUGAGAUAUUCGGGGCGGUCACGCGAGCGCGGAGAUAUUCGGAGCGGUCAAGCAAAAGUAGAGAUAUUCGCAGCGGCCCAACAAGUAAGAGUCGAGAUAUUCCGGGCGGUCAAACAGCAGCAGAGAUAUUCGGGGCGGUCAGGCAAAAGUGGAGAUAUUCGGAGCGGUCAAGCAAAAGUAGAGAUAUUCGGGGCGGUCAGGCGAGAGCGGAGAUAUUCGGAGCGGUCAAGCAAAAGGAGAGAUAUUCGCAGCGGCCGAACAAGUAAAAGUAGAGAUAUUGCGGGCGGUCCGUCAAACAAAGUUAGAGAUAUUCCCUCGGGGCGGUCAGGCAAAAGUGGAGACAUUCGGAGCGGUCAGACAAAAGUAGAGAUAUUCGGGGCGGGCAGGCGACAGCGGAGAUAUUCGGAGCGGUCAAGCAACAGUAGAGAUAUUCGCAGCGGCCGAACAAGUAAAAGGAGAGAGAUUCCGGGCGGUCAAGCAAAAGUAGAGAAAUUCGGGGCGGUCAGGCAAAAGCGGAGAUAUUCGGGGCGGUCAGGCAAAAGUAGAGAUAUUCGGGGCAAGCGUAGAGAUAUUCGCAGCGGCCGAACAAGUAAAAGUAGAGAUAUUCCGGGCGGUCAAACAAAAGGAGAGAUAUUCGGGGCGGUCAGGCAAAAGUGGAGAUAUUCCGAGCGGCCAAGCAAAAGGAGAGACUUUCAGGGCGGGCAGGCGAAAGAGGAGAUAUUCGGAGCGGUCAAGCAAAAGUAGAGAGAUUCGCAGCGGCCGAACGAGUAAAAGGAGAGAUAUUCCGGGCGGUCAGACAAAAGUAGAGAUAUUCGGGGCCGUCCGGCAAAAGUGGAGAUAUUCGGAGCGGUCAGGCAAAAGUAGAGAUACUCGGGGCGGUCAGGCGAAAGCGGCGACAUUCGGAGCGGUCAAGCAAAAGUAGAGAUAUUCGCAGCGGCCGAACAAGUAAAAGUAGAGAGAUUCCGGGCGGUCCGUCAAACAAAAGUAGAGAUAUUCGGGGCGGUCACUCACUCAGGCAAAAGGGGAGAUAUUCGGAGCGGUCAGGCAAAAGUAGAGAUAUUCGGGGCGGUCAGGCGAAGGCGGAGAUAUUCCUUCGGAGCGGUCAAGCAAAAGUCGAGAUAUUCGCAGCGGCCGAACAAGUAAAAGUAGAGAUAUUCCAGGCGGCCACUCAAACAAAAGGAGAGAUAUUCGGGGCGGUCAGGCAAAAGCGGAGAUAUUCGGAGCGGUCCAGCAAAAGUAGAGAUAUUCGGGGCGGGCAGGCGACAGCGGAGAUAUUCGGAGGGAGCGACCAAGCAAAAGUAGAGAUAUUCGCAGCGGCCGAACAAGUAAAAGCUGAGAUAUUCCGGGCGGUCAAACAAAAGUAGAGAUAUUCGGGGCGGUCAGGCAAAUAAAAGCGGAGAUAUUCGGAGCGGUCAGGCAAGAGUAGAGAUAUUCGGGGCGGUCAGGCGACGGCGGAGAUAUUCGGAGCGGUCAAGCAAAAGUAGGGAUAUUCGCAGCGGCCGUCCGAACAAAUAAAAGUAGAGAUAUUCCGGGCGGUCAGACAAGUGUAGAGAUAUUCGGGGCGGUCAGGCAAAAGUGGAGACAUUCGGAGCGGUCAGGCAAAAGCAGAGAUAUUCGGGGCGGGCAGGCGAAAGCGGAGAUAUUCGGAGCGGUCAAGCAAAAGUAGAGAUAUUCGCAGCGGUCGAACGAGCAAAAGUAGAGAUAUUCCGGGCGGUCAAACAAAAGCAGAGAUAUUCGGGGCGGUCAGGCAAAAGUGGAGACAUUCGGAGCGGUCAAGUAAAAGUAGGGACAGAUACUCGGGGCGGUCAGGCGACAGCGGAGAUAUUCGGAGCGGUCAAGCAAAAGUAGAGAUAUUCGCAGCGGCCGAACCCGUAAAAGUAGAGAUAUUCCGGGCGGUCAAACAAAAGUAGAGACAUUCGGGGCGGUCAGGCAAAAGUGGAGAUAUUCGGAGCGGCCAAGCGACCGUAGAUAUAUUCGGGGCGGUCACGCGGAAGCGGAGAUAUUCGGAGCGGUCAGGCAAGUCAAGAGCAGAGAUAUUCGCAGCGGCCGAACAAGUAAAAGCUGAGACAUUCCGGGCGGUCAAACAAAAGUAGAGAUAUUCGGGGCGGUCAGGCAAAAGUGGAGAUAUUCGGAGCGGUCAGGCAAAAGUAGAGAUAUUCGGGGCGGUCAGGCGAAAGCGGAGAUAUUCGGAGCGGUCAGGCAAAAGUAGAGAUAUUCGGGGCGGUCAGGCGAAAGCGGAGAUAUUCGGAGCGGUCAAGCAAAAGUAGAGAUAUUCGCAGCGGCCGUCUCCGAACAAGUAAAAGUAGAGAGAUUCCGGGCGGUCAAACAAAAGUAGAGAUAUUCGGGGCGGUGAGGCAAAAGUGGAGAUAUUCGGAGCGGUCAGGCAAAAGUAGAGAUAUUCGGGGCGGUCAGGCGAAAGCGGAGAUAUUCGGAGCGGUCAAGCAAAAGUAGAGAUAUUCGCAGCGGCCGUCUCCGAACAAGUAAAAGUAGAGAGAUUCCGGGCGGUCAAACAAAAGUAGAGAUAUUCGGGGCGGUGAGGCAAAAGUGGAGAUAUUCGGAGCGGUCAGGCAAAAGUAGAGAUAUUCGGGGCGGUCAGGCGAAAGCGGAGAUAUUCGGAGCGGUCAAGCAAAAGUAGAGAUAUUCGCAGCGGCCGUCUCCGAACAAGUAAAAGUAGAGAGAUUCCGGGCGGUCAAACAAAAGUAGAGAUAUUCGGGGCGGUGAGGCAAAAGUGGAGAUAUUCGGAGCGGUCAGGCAAAAGUAGAGAUAUUCGGGGCGGUCAGGCGAAAGCGGAGAUAUUCGGAGCGGUCAAGCAAAAGUAGAGAUAUUCGCAGCGGCCGUCUCCGAACAAGUAAAAGUAGAGAGAUUCCGGGCGGUCAAACAAAAGUAGAGAUAUUCGGGGCGGUGAGGCAAAAGUGGAGAUAUUCGGAGCGGUCAGGCAAAAGUAGAGAUAUUCGGGGCGGUCAGGCGAAAGCGGAGAUAUUCGGAGCGGUCAAGCAAAAGUAGAGAUAUUCGCAGCGGCCGUCUCCGAACAAGUAAAAGUAGAGAGAUUCCGGGCGGUCAAACAAAAGUAGAGAUAUUCGGGGCGGUGAGGCAAAAGUGGAGAUAUUCGGAGCGGUCAGGCAAAAGUAGAGAUAUUCGGGGCGGUCAGGCGAAAGCGGAGAUAUUCGGAGCGGUCAAGCAAAAGUAGAGAUAUUCGCAGCGGCCGUCUCCGAACAAGUAAAAGUAGAGAGAUUCCGGGCGGUCAAACAAAAGUAGAGAUAUUCGGGGCGGUGAGGCAAAAGUGGAGAUAUUCGGAGCGGUCAGGCAAAAGUAGAGAUAUUCGGGGCGGUCAGGCGAAAGCGGAGAUAUUCGGAGCGGUCAAGCAAAAGUAGAGAUAUUCGCAGCGGCCGUCUCCGAACAAGUAAAAGUAGAGAGAUUCCGGGCGGUCAAACAAAAGUAGAGAUAUUCGGGGCGGUGAGGCAAAAGUGGAGAUAUUCGGAGCGGUCAGGCAAAAGUAGAGAUAUUCGGGGCGGUCAGGCGAAAGCGGAGAUAUUCGGAGCGGUCAAGCAAAAGUAGAGAUAUUCGCAGCGGCCGUCUCCGAACAAGUAAAAGUAGAGAGAUUCCGGGCGGUCAAACAAAAGUAGAGAUAUUCGGGGCGGUGAGGCAAAAGUGGAGAUAUUCGGAGCGGUCAGGCAAAAGUAGAGAUAUUCGGGGCGGUCAGGCGAAAGCGGAGAUAUUCGGAGCGGUCAAGCAAAAGUAGAGAUAUUCGCAGUGGCCGAACGAGUAGCAGCAGAGAUAUUCCGGGCGGUCAGACAGCAGUAGAGAUAUUCGGGGCGGUCAGGCAAAAGCGGAGAUAUUCGGAGCGGUCAAGCAAGAGGAGAGAUAUUCGGGGCGGUCACGCGAAAGCGGAGACAUUCGGAGCGGUCAGGCAAAAGUAGAGAUAUUCGCAGCGGCCGAACAAGUAAAACUAUCUAGACAGAGAUAUUCCGGGCGGUCGAACAAAAGUAGAGACAUUCGGGGCGGUCAGGCAAAAGUGGAGAUAUUCGGAGCGGUCGAGCAAAAAUAGAGAUAUUCGGGGCGGUCAGGCGAAAGCGGAGAUAUUCGGAGCGGUCAAGCAAAAGUAGAGACUGAUAUUCGCAGCGGCCGAACAAGUACAAGUAAAAGUAGACAUAUUCCGGGCGGUCGAACAAAAGUAGAGAUAUUCGGGGCGGUCAGGCAAAAGCGGAGAUAUUCGGGGCGGUCAAGCAGAAGUAGAGAUAUUCGGGGCGGUCAGGCGAAAGCGGAGAUAUUCGGAGCGGUCAAGCAAAAGGAGAGAUAUUCGCAGCGGCCGAACAAGUAAAAGUAGAGACUGAUACUCCGGGCGGUCAAACAAAAGUAGAGACAUUCGGGGCGGCCAAGCAAAAGCGGACACAUUCGAAGCGGUGAAGCAAAAGCAGAGAUAUUCGGGGCGAUCACGCGAGAGUGGAGAUAUUCGGAGCGGUCGAGCAGAAGUAGAGUCAGUCCGUUGAUUUUGCGUUCCAAUGAAUGUGGGGCCAUUUCUGGAAGACCAGGCCCCAGUUUCAGAAGCUUGCUAUUGAGUAAAGGGGAGGGGGGUCUUUCAUUUUAACAUUUGCCCAAGCUGCACUACGUCGACGGGAUGAUCAAAGCGGAGCACUUUUUUCCUGCAGGGGUAGAAUUCAAUCAGGAGGGGCUUCCACUUCGUGGGGCGGCACCCUCCGCGCAUGUCGUCUUCGAGCCCGCCGCCCUGCAGUAUCAAGUGCAAAUAUGUCUGGGUCUGGAAGAGUGUAGACUUGUCACGCAGAUUUUCCAUGACCCACAAUGUCUGGAAUGCGGGACCUAGCAUGACAGACUCUGCGAGGUCUCUGUCAUGCCUAUCCUCCAUGAGAAACUCCCUCCCAAGUUGGUCGAAAGUGGACUGCUUUGGGCUCUCAUGCAACACAGAUCUUUGCAUGAUUCACAUUUAGAAGCAUGAUAAGUUGCAAUCUUCCAGACCCAGACAUAUUUGCAAUCCAUAUGCAGAUGAGCGACGCGAUCUACGCCCGGCUGCCCUUCACGUAUCAAAUGUAAAAACGUCUGGGUCUGGAAACUUGUGAUGCUGGGUGGCGUAUCAUGAGGAGGCCACAAGAGCUGGCCAAGCAUGACAAGUUUUUGAGCUCCUAGGUGUUGCCUAUUCCGCAUGACAAACUGCGUUUCUGCAUGACAGAAAAAUGAGGCUCUUGGGUAACAUGCAUGACAGAUUUAAGAGUCAUGCCAGACAAGCAUGACGAACACACAUUCUUCCAGACCCAGACAUUUAUUUUUACAUUUGAUAUCACGCCCAUGCACGCCAUCUACCAGACCGUGCUUGACUUUGUCGAGCGUAAGUUCUUCCCCGCACAAAGAAGUCAGGAACCACCCGCGUCGGCCCCCGGCGGCGGUAGUGCAAUUGUAACAGGAAGCACUACAACUGCUACUACUGCAGCUAGUACCCCCGCCGCGAGUACGAGAACUGCCACGACCCCGCCGCCCGUCUGGUCAGAGAAGCUCCGCAGAAAAGACAGCAGAGCGGCUGGCGUAGACGCUACCGGCUCCGAGCACCAGAGCCAGAUGACUUAUGAUCUUCUACAUGAAAGUCUCACGGAAGCGCAGCGGUCCUGGCUUUCCUUCCGAGUGUGGUUUGACGACAUGGCGGCGGAAUACUACGACGGCGUGAUUGCGUAUGGAAAGAAAAAAAUUCGUCGCAGUCCCUAAUACUAUAAUCUUGCAACCUGUGCAUGACAGGAGAUUCACCUGGCGUUACAGCUUUUUCUAUGUAUCAUUCCGCAAACACAAGGGGAGUCGCGUAUGAAGUCUAGUCUUGCCUUGUGAUGCUGCAUUUCUACCCAUGAUGAGAGACAGCUUCGUGUUAGAAGAAUCCGUAUGAGUCGUGAUCCUGAUCGUGACAAAUUUUGUUUCGUGCAUAUUGCGGGGCCGGGCCGGUCGCGUGGUAGUCCUGGUCAAACGCAGUACAUUCUGCAGCGCGCGCCCGGAAAUGUGCCCGAGCGAAUGGAGAUUACUGAGGAGCUAUCAAAUGUAAAAAUGUCUGGGUCUGGAAGAAUCCGAAAUUUCUUAUGCUGUUUUUGCAUGACACAGAAUGUCUGUCAUGGAAGCCCUAGCAUCACAGAUCUUGCCUUCCUGAUACCUAUUCCGCAUGACAAAUGCCCUCCACGCGUAGCACAAACCGGACUCCUUUUGCUGGUCAUGCACUACAGAAUUUUUUAGAGUCCAAAGUUAGCAUCACAAGUUCCAACCUUCCAGACCCACACAUUUUUGCAAUCCAUAGGAGCAGAUUGUUUUUGACCAGGACAGAAAGCAGCGGCACAAAUUCUUCGGAAGGAUCGGUCUCUUUUUCACGUUUUAUCAAAUGCAAAGAUGUCUGGGUCUGGAAGAAUGCAACUUGUGAUGCUGCGUUUCGAUUCCAAAAAAAUCUGUAUUGCAUGAGCAGAAAAGGAAAUGCAAUUUUUGCUACGCGGAGCGGGCAUUUGUCAGGCGGAAUAGGCACCGAGAAGCCCUCAAAAAAUCUGUGAUGCUGGGGCACGCAUCGCAGACGUCAUGGCUCAUGCAAAACGUGCGUGACAAGUCUUAGAACCUUCCAGACCCAGACACUUUUGCACUUGAUACUUUCUGCUACUCGACAGUGGCCUACUUGCGGAAUCGGCGGAGCCGAAACAUGGCCGUGCGGGACUGCGUACGGCAAGAAAGGGCAAAAAUGCAGGACGAAGAGGAUCAACAUCUUGUAGCGGACAGAAGACGCGACCGCACGGAGUGGAACGACAAAAACGGCGAAACACUCACAAAAGCGGAUCGUGGCAAUGACCCAGAAGCAGUAGAGCGUAUCCCUCGCAAACAUAAUCGAUCUGGAUCUGAGAGAUUGUAGAUGGAUUCUAAUUCUUGCAGAAGUUUCUAAAUGCAGCUUUUCAGUGCGCCAUGAAACGGUCGCUCAACUUGAGGACCGCUAGUGGGCAAGACCUUGUUUAUUUCCACUCAUGAUCACGCAGCACGGAAGAUUUUUGUGUCCUGACGCUGCAAGGGGAAUGUCACAGGACUGGAUGAACAUCUUUCAGACAGCCCGGGAAGUACUAGAUGUUUGCAAUGCAUAGAACAAGAGGUCUAUGGAGAGAAAAAAGUUUGUCACAGUCACUAAGUUGCAGGUUUUGCAUUGCAAAUUUUUUUUGCAUCACAACUUCUUCUUGUAUUGCAGAAACACUAGGGAAAUCCCUUAUGAAGUGUGGCUGUGAUGCAUUUUUACGCAUGACAGACAAUUUUGUCUUGCAAAAAUGCCCAUGGGUGAUCGUGGCGAACUUUUUUCUUUUCAUAAGGUCCUGCACUUCGACCAGUUUCCAGCUCUUCUCCGGCCCCCGGUGGAAGCGGAUCCAUUUUACCUGAGCGAGAUAUGAAUUGCAAAAGUGUCUGGGUCUGGAAGAAUGGCAGACUUGUCAUGCAGGUUUUCCAUGACCCAUCAGGUCUGGUAUGUAGGACAUAGCAUGACAGAUUCAGAUUCUGUGAGAGCUCUAUCAUGCCUAUCCUGCAUGAGAAACUGCCUCGCGAUUAGGUCAAAAGUGGACAGCUUGUGGUAAUCAUGCAACACAGGUGUCUUUUUACAUGAUUCAGAUUUAGCAUGACAAGUUGCAUCCUUCCAGACCCAGACACUUUUACAUUUGAUACGAGAAGCUGCGCCACCAAAGCAGCGGGUUUAACUGGCGCAAUAUCCAGUGCAAAUCAUAUGUCCAGGUCUGGAAAGUUGGAACUUGUCAUGCUAGCUGUACAUCCCUGGGUGGAAAUCUGUAUUGCAUACCCAACACAAGUCGCAGCCUCUCUUUUCAUGCGACAAAACGUAGUUUCUCGUGCGGACCACUGCACUACGAGAAAGCGUUUUAGCAAGUUGUCAUGCUGGGGCGCAAUCGGACGUGUUUCCAUCAUCUACAUUGAUUUUAGUAUCACAAGUUCUCUCCAGAGGACCCAGACAUGCUUGCAAUUGAUACGCAACGCUUUGGUGCCUGUCAUCGGAUUCAACUUCGCCAAUCUGCUCUUCGUCUACCCCUUUGCCGUCAAUGGGACCUAUCCAUUGCAAAUAUAUUUAUCUGGGUUGGGAAAAGUGGACCGUGUGUUGCAUGUCUUGCAUUCUUGAAAACUCUGUGUUGCACAGCCAGCAAAGUCGCUACUUUUUCGUCACGCAAGAACCACGCAGUGCGUCAUGCGUGCUACGCAUCAGACGGCGUGAACUGAAGUCGUCAUGCUUGGCUGCACUUGAAAGCGCCAGUGACUUAUCCAUACUUCAGCAUCACAAAUUUCCAGAGGAUCCAAACAUAUUUGCAAUGCAUAGGGUCUACUUCUUUGCCAUGCCGGCAGUGACGGCCGGGUUCGUUACCGGCAGUUUGGGACUGAUCCUUUGGCACGACUUGUUUUACCUGUGAGGAUGAAAAAAUAGAUAGGGAAAAAAUAACAGCGUAGAUGUAGUACGUCUUCCACAUCAAGGCUCGCUGCAGCAAACGGUAGUGACCCCUUCUGGUCAAAGUCAAAGUGAAGUCGUCCACGGUUCAAGUGGUCCGUGCAGCAAAAUAUUAACAUAGAGUUCCUUUCAUUUUACGCCGUACUUGUAAAAGUG